UCCCUCCUCGGAAUCAAAUCUAUCUAUUUUGCGCUAAUUUUUGUCAACAACCCAAAAGAAAAUAACUAAAAUAAAAAAUAUAUAUAUCUACUUCUUGAACACACAGCAAUCAAAGCAACAACAACAGCAACAACAAGAAACGACGGGAAUACACUUGCAAAUUGCAUUCAACUCGCGUAUUACAAAUUUAAACUAAGCCUACAAUAAUAAAUUAUAACGACGCCAGCUCGUUAUAUAAUCUGUACAAAAAGAAGUUAAAAAACAACAACAACAAAAAAACAAAAUGUCUGCAGCCACAGAACAACAGAAUAACGGUGAUGUUGCCGUCGAGAAAGUCGCAGCCGUCAGCGACGAUGUGAAGGAGGAUCUCAAAGCCAAAGCCAAGGCAGCUGCUGCCGAGGACAAAUCAUCAGCGGCCGCCGAUGCCGCUGGCGAUGCAGCCGCCGCCAAUGCCGAUAACGGUACGGCGAAGGAUGGCGAAGAUGGCGCUGCCGAUGCGGCGGAUGGUGCUGCUGCUGCCGCCGCGCCCGCCAAGGGAUCAGUUAAAGGCACAAAGAGGCAAGCUGAAGCUAAAUCCGCCGAAUCAAAGAAAGCCAAGAAAGAUAAACCCGCUGAUGACGAUUCCGAUGAGGAAGAUGUAUUAGAUGAUCUCAUCGAGGGUGACAGUGAAAUCGAAAGCGAAGAAUAUGAUGUGCCCUACGGCGAGGAGGAUGACAUUGAAUGUGACGAUGAUGACGAUGACAAUGAUGACGGUUCCGGCUCGGACGAUCAAGCGUAAUAAUAAUGUAGUCAAAACAAAAACAAAAAACAAAAACAAAUAAAAGAAAAACCACAAAAAAAAUACAAACAAAACAAACAAAU